UGUUUUUUGUUGGUUGGAUCUUUCUUGCCGCGGUCCGCCGCCCGGGAGCUGACGCAUUGGAUCCUCCUUGAAAGUUUGGGCCAUGGAGGCAGUGCUGCUUGAGGCGCUGAGGGAAGAGCUGAAGACCUUUGCUGCAACCUCGGUGCGUGCGGAGCUCUUGGCGCUGAAGGAGAGCCUGAUUUCUGAGCUCCGGGGCGAUUCCCAGGAGGCGCCCAAGAGGUCGCCGGUGGUUUCUUCGGAGGCGCUGCAUGGCGCGGUGGAGGCGGAGGCGAGCCCUCGGCGCCCGCGGCUGCUGUCCUGGGAUCGUCAGAAUCGCCAGGCCGAGCCGGCACCAAGACCGCAAAGCACCAGGUCCUUUGCUGCCAGCGUGGCCGACUCGCUGCUGGGUCAAGACGAAAGCUCAGAGGCGCGCCAAGCCAUGGAGCGUGACCUCCAGGCAAAGUACGGGCAAGGCUUCGGCAAGAAGUUACGGAGGAGCUCUCGAGAUGCGAGCGCGCGGUAUAUGAGCCUGGAGUCCAACGAGGAAGGUACGCCGACCAGUUCACGCCUGAGCAGCUGCUGCACCAGCAUCCUCUCCAGCUAUUACUUUGAUAUGGGCAGCGCCUGGCUGGUGGUCUUCAAUGCCUGCUGGAUCGGCCUCAGCACUGACUGGGUGGCCCGCAACUGGAGCAACGCCAUGCCCGACUACUUCCACUACGGCGACUGGGUCUUCUGCGUGCUGGCGCUGGCGGAGCUCUUUGUGCGCAUGGGCGCGCAGGGUCUCCACUUCUUCUACGAGGACCACUGGAAGUGGAACGUGUUUGAUACCCUCGUGGUGGCGACUCAAGUCAUCGACCUCCUCGGCAGCGUGCUGGAGCGGUCUGCGCUGACUUCGCAAACGAGCUACCAGACGAUUCAAGGCUUGAGGGUGCUGAAGUUGGUGCGGAUCCUGCGCAUCGCCCGCAUCGCCUCCGCCUUCCCCGAGCUGCACAUCUUGAUCAGCUCCAUCAUCGAUUCGCUGCAGUCGCUCUUCUGGACCAUGGUGCUGAUCUUUGCGUGCCUCUAUGCUGUGUCUGUAGUGAUCACACAGCUUGUAUCAGACCACAAGAUCGCCAUUGGACGUGAGGAGAUGGAAAAGGAGGAGAAGAUGCUGGAAUUCUUUGGCUCCAUGGACACCACGAUGCUCUCCUUGUACAUGGUGAUCUCUGAGGGCAUCCACUGGAGCGAGCUCAUGGAGCCAUUGGAGGAGAAUAUGGGCAGAUGGGUGCGCAUUGUCUUUGUGGCCUUCACAGGCUUUGAGCUCUUCGCCAUGAUGAAUAUCAUCACUGCAUGCUUCGUGGACAGCGCGAUGAAGAUCGCCGCCAAGGCGGAGACGCAGGAAGUAUUGGACUCUUUGUGGGGCCUGCUGGACAGCCAUGCCACGUUUGAUGAAGCUUCCCAGCAGAAGGUCGUCACCAAAGAGCAGUUCAUAGGGACCUACGGAGAAGCAAGUAUGCAGAAGUUCUUGGACCUGAUCAAUGCGCACACCGAAGAUCCCACACAUGUAUUCGCAAUGAUCGACCGAGAUGGCGACGGCUCCCUGACGGCCCCGGAGUUCCUGAUUUGCUGCGAACGGCUGAUGGGAGCCUCCAAGGCGAGCAUGUCGGUGAAGAUUGCCAAUGAGCAGCGCGCGAAGCUGGCGGCGCAGGAUGGUGCCUUGCAGCACCUGGCCACUGAGUUGAAGGCAGUGCUGGCCAAGCAGGACGAGAUUCUCACAAAAAUGGGGACGCCAUUCUAGAGGUAGCUGUUCUCUGAGUGGCCCUAGCUCCCCGACGCGUUGGACGAUUUGGAUGGAGUGUCCGAAUUUCCAGGUUCGACUUGGGGCA